AUGAGUGAAAAGCGAGAAUGGACGAACGAAGCUUGGAAAAAUGACAAUAACGUAGGAAAAAUGGAACCCAACGACACCAAUUUCUCUGAAUACGACAAUUCGAGGAAAAGCUCGCUUCAAUUGGAUUUGCCAAAUUACUCAGAAGUUUGUUAUAACAGUGGAGAGGACUUGGAAAAGGGUUUGUUUACACGCUUCCCUCCUUCCUACAAUCAACUUCAAAUGAGUAGCAGAGUCGAAUCCGAUAGUAAUCAAAAUCAUGCGAAUGAAGUGCGUGAACGCAUGGCAGAACCCGUGCCAGACAGAUCAUGGGGAAGCUGUAUCCUCGAUUGCAUCUGCAUGCCGGACUUGGAAAAGGGUUUGUUUACACGCUUCCCUCCUUCCUACAAUCAACUUCAAAUGAGUAGCAGAGUCGAAUCCGAUAGUAAUCAAAAUCAUGCGAAUGAAGUGCGUGAACGCAUGGCAGAACCCGUGCCAGACAGAUCAUGGGGAAGCUGUAUCCUCGAUUGCAUCUGCAUGCCGGUACGUCCCCGAUUAGCACCAGCGGGCACAUUGAAAGAAGCAGGAUAUUUUCGAUGUUUUAUGUGUUAUCUUUAUACGUCUGCUUUUAUUUUCUAUUUACUUUUCAAAUAUUCUGAUAAAUUGUCAGAGUUUAUAAAGGAUUCAUCUUUGUCUAAGGAAAUUGCUUUACCUUUGCUUGGUGGAUUGAUUUUAGUUUUAUUUUUUAUUUCCGCUGUAAUAAUUUCUCUUGUGUUGGACAUCAUCGUUUGGUGUAUAUCUAUGGUUCCAGAUUUGGCUAUAGUACUAGGGAAUAACUUUAAGCAUGUGGGGAAUCUCAUUGAAUAUUUCUUUGAGAAUUUCUUAGGAAGAACAUUUCCAUACUUGUGGAGAAAAUUUAUACUGCCUUUGACAAUUAUUUUCGGUUAUACAACUAAUCAAAGCUUUGGGAUUGAUUCAGAUUCAACAAAUACCGUUGAACUUGACGAGCUAGAAGCUAGUGUUGAAACUCCAACAACUACACAUAACAAUGUUGAAGUGCCAAGUUCUCCUCUUGGGAAAAGCCCUACCAAAGCAAACCGUUCAAAAAAGUCUGUUGGGCAUUCUGCAAGAGAGCAAGAAAUAGAGAUGCAAACUUUUGGAGACACAGGUUCUCCGAGUUUGAACGAUCAUACAAAGUAAUGUUUUUAUGCUAUGCCCAUUUUAUUGAAUGGUUGUUAUUGUCAGCGUGUCAGUGUCCAGUUGAAAUUGAGAUUGAGAUUGAGAUGUCUUACGAGCAGAUAAUUUUUAUAUUUUAUUCAAAGACAUGCUUAAUUUGUUUCCGUAGAAACUCGGGAUAGUUAGCUAGCCUGGCCGUUAUUAGCUACUAACUUUCCUGUUGUUUUUGGUGAGUAUUUACAGUCAUCUCUGCUUCCUCCUUUUUGAUUAAAGUUGUUUAAAAUAUCAAUACAACAUAUUAUUUUCUAUAAGCUUUGGCCGCAAGGUGAAAUUUCAGUUUAUGAUGGUGAGUUUGUCCAAAAGUAACACGAUAACCAAGGAUUCUGUUGAAACUGCAAAAUCAUGAAUCUGUUACUUUUCAUUUGAAGAAUUAAUUUAAAAGUUUUAAAAAGUCUAUAUGCUGCUUUUUCCCCUGCACUUUACGCUACGAAAAAGAGUUUCGAUUGGAACAGUAAAAACUGAAUCUGCCAAUUGACAUGCAACCUAUGAGAUUAACGGUUCACGAGAAAUAAACCCAUCAGAAUCAAGAAAUCAAGAAAAAGAAAAUAGUCUGUGAUGAGAGAACAAAAGAUGAUUACCAUUAACAAAAACACCGUAUUUCAAUCAUGAAUACGGAAUAUCGAUAUGAGAUAUAGAAAUUAUGAUGACCACCAGGAGUUUGACAAAUAAAACAGAUUGCGUAAUCUAUAUCAAAAGACCUAUAUAAGCUGUUUGUCUAAGUCAGAAUCUUCAGAUUGGAAGAUUCGACUAGUGUGGAUAAUGAGCAUCAUCUACACAAACUUUCAUUUAGUUUACCAGAUCCUGGACAUUACGAGCGUCUAUAUUAGUACAACAGCUCCAGUCCAAAUAUACAGCAUUAUAACAUAUUUGUUUAUUUCACUUGAUAUAGAUUAUUAUACAGUACGAGAUUUUUAUCGGGACACUAACAUAAAAAUAAAUAAAAUAGUUUACGAAGAAAAGAGUCAAUUCAUA